AUGAAGUCCCGUGGUGGAGACGAGGUCCCUGAGAAUAGUGCCACUCGUCGCUCGAAACGCACUGUCAACAACAACACCAUUGAGAAUAGUAGUCAAAUUCAGCCGAAAAAGCCCAAGGUGGACACAAACACAGUUCAAGCAAAGAAACCUAAGCCUAAAGCUAGCACUUCACAGGAUCCGAUUGCAUCAUCAUCAUCAUCAACAUUAGCAUCAUCAUCGUCAUCGUUCUUAUCUCAGAAAACUCUAGCUCCAAACAAAAAGCAGAAAAAAGAGACAGAAGAAAAAAAGACGGGUUCAUCUCUUGGGACUAGCAAGAACUUGGCAACUUCUAAAUCUUCAAAAGCUAGUUCCAAGCAGUUAACCAAGUCUGCUUCUCUUGAAGAAAACAGCGAAGCUAGGCAGGCCAAGUCACUGGUGAUGGAUCAAAAUGGAGCCAACUCAUCGAACAACAAUACUACCAGCUCUUCGGCCGCUAACCCCAACACCUCUGGUACUAGCAGCAAUGUUCCCACAUCCUCCAGUGAUAUUGCCACCACUGGUAGUGCAGCUAACCCUACUGGUGGACCGGGCAAUUUGUUAGCUAGCAGUAACAACAGCACUUUCGCUGUCAGCGCCCAGCUGGAUGCCGAGUCGGACGAUAGCGACAUGAGUCGACUUCAGACUAUUCUCGAGUCUCGUGGUUUACAUCCUCACUUUCUAGGUCUGCCUAGAAUGCAAAAUUUUUUCUAUCGUUCGCUGAACAGUACGUCAAACUCGAAAGCCCAGCAACUUCUGCAAGCCUUGAACUCGACUACCAAUGAUGCUGAAAAGCUCAACUACGUUCUCGAGAUGUGCCAGCUCUUGCUCAUGGGCAAUGAAGACACUUUGGUUGGCUUUCCAAUCAAAACGGUAGUUCCCACUCUAAUUAAUUUACUCUCAAUGGAACACAAUUUCGAAAUAAUGCAUCAUGCCUGCCGUGCGCUGACCUACAUGAUGGAAGCCCUUCCGCGCUCCUCUGUUGUCGUACUGGAUGCUGUUCCCGUCUUUCUAGAGAAGCUUCAAGUUAUUCAGUGCAUGGACGUUGCCGAGCAGUCUUUGUCUGCGCUUGAAAUGCUGUCUCGCCGCCACAACAAGGCCAUUCUUCAGGCUCGAGGUGUGUCUGCCUGUCUCACUUACCUGGACUUUUUCUCCAUUGACGCCCAGCGCUCAGCUCUCACUAUCACGGCCAAUUGCUUUCAAAAUAUCACCACAGAUGACUUUCAGUAUGUGCAGGACUCUCUGCCAAUUCUCAGCUCUCACCUCUCAAUCGAAGACAAAAAGUGCAUCGAAAGUAUUUGCCUGGCCUUUUCACGUCUUGUAGACUGCUACCAGCAGGACUGUGCCAUCAUCAGCGAAAUCGCCUCAUCAGAAUUGCUGACAAACAUUCAAAGUGUGCUAAUGACCGUACCGCCCAUUCUUAGCACUGGCUCCUUUGUCAACGUCAUUCGAAUGCUCUCCAUCAUGUGCAGCAGUUGCUCACAGAUAUCAGUAGAGCUACUGAAACUUGACAUUUGUUCAACUCUCAAGUGUUUGCUACUCUGCAACAAUAGCGCUGUAGAGAGUGGCAAUGCUAUUAAUCUCAUUUCUCGGAGUCCUCAAGAGAUAUAUGAACUAACUGCCUUUAUUGCUGAACUGAUGCCAAGCUUGCCGUCAGAUGGAAUUUUUGCCGUUGACCAGUUGUUCACCAAGGCUAAUCAAGGUUUAGCCGAAGUCGCUCAGUGGCAGUGGAAGGAUGAUCGUGGUCUCUGGCAUCCUUUCAAUGUGGUCGACAAUAAGAUCAUUGAAUCAGCUCACCACGCCGGAGAGGAUGAGCUUGAGUUGGCCAGCUUAAAUCGCACAUACAUAAUCGAUUUCAACUCGAUGCAGAAAAUUUACGAAGAUACUGGAAACUCGUAUGCUAUUCAGCGAAAGGUUAAUACUUUGAGCAAUUCUGAGCUAGCCUCUCGUCCUGGCCUUUCAAAUGUGCAAAAUGUUGAUCCUCGUUCGGAGUUUAUCUACAAUGAGCAAGAGUUGUCAUGUUCAUACUUGAUGUUCAUUUUCAGUGUUCUCAAUGAGGUGUACAACAAUUCAGCAGGAUUUUCCGUUCGCUACAAGUGCCUGAAUGCCAUUCUACGAAUCAUCUACCACACACCAAAAGAUCUUCUGUACUCGAUUUUGAAGGAUCAGUCUAUGUCCAGUUCUAUAGCUACAAUGCUCGCCUCUUCGGACAUUCGAAUUGUCGUCUGCGCUACUCAAAUAAGUGACGACAUUUUAAAGCGAAAGCGAACCAAGAAAAACUUUGGCCUUUCCAGUGGCACUCGCUCAAGCUCUUUGAACAGUGGCUUUGAUCAUACGCCAAUCAUUAGUCCGGCCGCAGAAAAUGGAGGGGGCAAUGUGGAACAACAGAGCUCCAGUUCUUCGGUUGCUGUUAACCCCCCAGUUGCAGCAGAUGUUGCCCAAUCGUAUGUCAAUUUUCCACUUUUCAUCUCUAAUGAUCAAGUGAAUAAUGCUAAUUUGACUAUACCUAACGCCAGCAACAAUAACAACGCCGUCAGCAAUGGUGGCAGCAGCAAAGGUGGCAGUACAAGGCUGACUUCAAAAGAUUUUCUUCAGCGUCUCAAUCCUUCCAGAUGGACUCGUUGGACGCAAAAUUCUUUAGCGCAAAAUACCACCAACACGACUAGUGCUCCCACUACGUCUACUACAACGCCCAGUGCAAAAAAUCCGCCGUUGCAGCAAAAAUCCUCACACCUGAACAAGGAAAAGAUCAAAGCGUGGAUUAAAUCGCAGGCCAAGUUGUUUGACGACAAGUACUUCUUGAAAGUGGACAAAGAAACGAAAACUCAGAGUGUGUCUUGCAACGUGCUAGACGACCUGACCGAGUCCAUCAACUCACUUGGAACUGACGUGACUAAAGCACUAUUGACCAUUAAGCAAAUCUUACUUGAAACUGACUUGUCUUCUUUUGAGCUGAUUCAUAGUGGGCUUGUAAAAAAUCUGCUCAGUUUCCUCGUCGGGGCUGAUUGCUCAGAAGAUGUUCGUGAUCAAAAUUUGCGCUCCUUUCUGAACAUCUUUUACGGUGCUCCGUUGAACGACAUCAUCGAAAGCAUUGAUGAGCAAAAGUUUGAUCCCAAGCCACUCUCAAUUUUAAUCAACAAGCUCAACGCUUGCGUAUCUCAGCUUGAACAGUUUCCACUUCGAGUGCACGACUAUGCCAACAGUCGAGGCGGCUCACAUGCCAAGUUUUUAAGCAGUCACCACAUCAAAGUCAGUCUGAGCCGUCAUUCGUCUUGUAGCAAUAUAAAAAAGUACAAGGGUCCUCUAAUCAAGCUCGACCCAUUCACUCCUGUGCAAUCAAUUGAGCGCUUUCUCUUGGCCCGUGGUUACGGAAAAAUCAAAGAUGUCGAUGAUGACCAAAGCGAUGAUGACAUUUCGGAUGAGGAUUUAAUCGACAAUAUCACCAACUUUGGAUCUGCUAGUCAAGCUCAAGGAAGACAUCGUCUUCAACUGCUCAUUAACGACCAGGUGCUACCGUACAACUACUCGAUCUUUCAAGCCAUCAAGCAGUUCAUGAUCAGUGAUCACCCGGACACUGAUUCGGACGACCCUCAGGUGGGCGCUGCAAAGAACAUGUCAAACCACACAUUUAAUAUUCAAUACCGAUUGGCGACUGAGAGCGCUCCGGUCGCCAGUGCAAAUGCAUCCUCUACUAGUAGCUCCUCUUCAAACAAGUCAUCUCGAAAGACUAAGAGCUCCAAAUCGGCCACCAAGAAGAAGGAUGAAAUUUGGUUAGAAGGAAAGACGGCCAAGGCCAUAUCACCUCUUGAAUCAUAUCUCAAAAGUAGUCUUUCAUUUACCACUCCAAUUAACGAUCAGUCAAUUGAGGUUCUCUGCCUCUUGCGAGUCCUCUUCGGAAUUAAUCGCUACUGGGGCUAUCUCUACAAGGUGCCACAUUCGUAUAACCCAGCUAUUCCGCUGAAGGAGUUCAUCAACUACAAGCUCACCGUGAAGGCCAAUCGUCAGCUUCAGGAUCCAGUGGUCAUCAUGGCCGAAUCUCUACCCAACUGGCUUUCAGAGAUUGCCAACGCCUGUCCAUUCAUCUUUCCCUUCGACACACGUUAUUUGCUCUUUUACGUUGUCUGCUUUGAUCGUGAACGUGCCCUUCAGCGUUUGCUAGAAAACACACCCGACUUUUCGUCACUUGAUUCUCGUGAACGCUCCAUUGUGCCUCGUCUCGAGAAAAGAAAGCGAAUCGUUUCGCGGGCUGAUAUCUUCAAAAGUGCCGAAGCCCUCUUCAACGAUCUUAGCGGCUCGAAGUCUCUCUUGGAAAUUCAAUAUGAAAAUGAAGUCGGUACAGGACUUGGUCCGACUCUCGAGUUUUAUGCUCUUGUUUCAAAGGAGUUUCAGCGCUCAGACUUUGAAAUGUGGCGUGGGGAAGUGCUGGCCAACUGCGAAUUCAAGCAGGAGAAAAAUGAUGCCAAUCCAGUCAACUACGUAUUCUCCAGCAAUGGCCUCUUUCCAGCGCCUCUAGGUAGAAGUACCAAGCCUGCUGUGGUGAACAAGCUUAAGCAGCGUUUCAAGCUGCUUGGCAAGUUUAUGGCCAAAGCUCUCAUGGAUUCAAGAAUGAUUGAUAUUCCAUUGAACAUUUUGUUUUACAAGUGGCUUCUCAACGAACAGCCAACCAUGAAUGUCGCAGAUAUUCAGCAGCUGGAUCCUACAUUUUCUACAUCUAUUUUUCAAAUGUACAAAAUUCUAUUGCGUAAAUCUAAAAUGAACCUGAACAAUAAUGACGAUUCGCUGAAGCUGCAUGGCUGUUCUAUUGACGAUUUGAAUUUGGAUUUCACUCUUCCGGGCUAUUCUAGUAUUGAGAUGCGAAAAGGGGGUCGUGACAUGUUGGUGACUGUUUUGAAUCUCGACAACUACAUCAACCUGGUCACUAGCUGGCUGCUGAUUGAAGGUGUGCUGAAGCAAAUGGAAGCAUUCAAGGAAGGCUUCAACUCUGUCUUCAACUCGUCACACCUUCGACUGUUUUAUCCCGAGGAAAUGCAGCAGCUUUUCUGUGGUGCCAGCUACAAUCGUUGGGACGUCAAAAUGCUGAUGGAGUCCUGCAAAACCGACCACGGGUUUUCGCACGACAGCAAGGCGAUUCACAAUCUCUUUGAAAUUCUAAGCUCUUACAACGCCGAGGAACAGCGUAAGUUUUUGCAGUUUUUGACCGGCUCACCUCGUCUUCCCAUCGGCGGCUUCAAAAGUCUAAUUCCACCGUUCACCAUUGUGCGCAAGACAAACACCACCGAGAGCGACAAUCCCAACUGUCUGCCAAGUGUGAUGACAUGCGUCAACUACCUGAAGCUUCCCGACUACCCAACCAUUGAAAUAAUGCGCGAAAAGCUUAAAAUCGCCAUUAAUGAAGGCCAAUUUUCGUUUCACCUCUCGUAA